CAUCUGGCCGUGAUAAUGACGUAAUAAGAAGUGACGUUCACUCCAGUAACAACCAAAACUCAAACCAGUCAGUGUAAAGUAACCCAGAUCAGUGGUUGGUAAAGUUGGAAAUCUUUGUGUUCUAACUAGGGUCAUGGCGAAUUAUGGACGAAGUGGUGGAUAUGCCUUAAAUCCAAGCAAACCAGCCUUUUCGAUGCUCGAUGACGACGAUAUGGCAUCAGAGUUCCUGAACACAUCUAGUGCUGCUUAUUUGGCAGCUGAUAAGUUACCUCCUGGGCCUGAGCAACGGGCUGCUCAGGAAGCUGAAAUAAGACGGCAAGAGUUACUGCAGCAGAUGAGACAGAUUGAAAAUCGAACGCUAGAAUCUUCAAAACGAAGUGUUGGGUUGCUGCACGAAUCUGAAAAAAUUGGCAUCGAGACAGCAGAGGAACUCGUUAAACAACGAGAACAGCUGACAAAUACAGAAACACGUUUAGAUGGUAUAAAUAGUUCACUGAAGGAUACUCAAAAGAAUAUUAAUGGUAUUAAGAGUGUAUUCAGUAGCCUAAAAACUUGGUGGUCAGCACCUAAGCAGUCUCCCGGAAAAGAUGAUAAGCCUGAAGUAACCUCCCCAACAUCCCCAACUGAACGACUGCCUCCAAGUGUUUCUAGUAAUCCUCAUUUGGGAUCUGCCUAUGAGAGAAGUCAAGCUGUAAUUGCAUCACAGAAGUCUGCACCACAUCCCUCACUGCGUCUAAAGGGCCUUGAAGAAGAGGAAGACGAUGUAGAGAUUAGAAAUAUGGAUGAUUUCCGAACCAAUGCAAGAAGAGUUAAUGCACAGCUUGAUUCUGAUUUAGAUGACAUGGCUGUUGGUUUGUCACGCUUAAAAGGCCUAGCUCAAGGCUUAACAUAUGAGUUGGAAGACCAGAAUACUAUGUUAGAGCGCAUCAUGGACAAGACUGAAAAGGCUGAUUUAACUAUUGGUUCACAAAAUACCCAGAUAAAAAAGAUCCUUAAACGAUGAGAUUCAACUUUAGGAAAAAUUGUGUUAUGUUACAUUUUAUUAGAAAUUUUAUUUCUUUGUUUUAAAUUUAAAAGUUUAUGGUCUAUCAUUUCCAAGCAUAAAGUAAUAUAGAUGAAACAGUUAGCUUUUGAAACAUUAGUUUUGAAUUUUUAAGGUUAAAAUUGUAUUUAUAAUAAGAUUUGAAAAUUUUGUGCUAUACUAUUUACCUAGGCAUCCUCUCAAGGACACAAGUUUAGAUGCCAAGAUAGAAUAUAUUUUAUGGUGGAUGAAUCAGUCCUGGUAAACAGUUUGAAAAAAGUGCCUUUGCUCCCAGAAUAAAUUGGUUGUAUUUUCAUUGGUUGAAUUUUUUAUUUAGGGUUUCAUGAAGUAUGUAUGUCUAGAUGCAAAAAUGUAUCUUUUUGUUAUUUGUUUCAGAACAAGAAUGAAGAAUAACUAUUGUUGUGAAAGUCCAGACCUACUUACUUUUUAUAAAAUGCUCAAUCUACAGCUAUACUUAGUUAGGUAUAAAAAAGUAAUUUCUAUGCCAACCAAUAUAUUAUUGUGCAGGUAUGCAUGUUUUGGGGGUUAAUUAUUAAUCAUUGUAGAUGCAGCCAUUACACAAAUCAACAAAGUCAGAAACUUAAUGUGAAUGACAGGAUUGCCAAGUUAACUUUAAAAGAAGCUUAUUGACAAUGGUCAUGGCAGUAUUAUUUGUGGCAGAAUUUUUUCCUCUAAAUGCAGUUUCAUUUUAAGGGGGCCGGCCGUCUAAUGCCAUUCUUUAAGGACAGAACUUUGAUAUUCAUACCACUUAAUAAGGUGACUUGGGACAUCUCCAAACUGCAUAUGAUUUUCGCCUCUGACCUUCGGUUUUGUGACACCAGGGCAAUGUAUCCCGAAAAUAACCAUUUUUCAAAUUCUAUCUCC